AAAGCUCUGCGUAAAUAUAUAAAAGCUCUAGUCUUUGGGUUCGUUUUGCUUUACCUAUUUUCUCUCACUUUCACAGAAAAAAGCUUUGAUACUAAUUUUUCUUUCCUCUGAAGUGACUGAAACAAAUCUCCGGCAUUUACUCAAGUUCAGGAUAGUUCCGUUCAAUGGUGUUAUAGAAUGAGGAUUUUCCGCGGAAACCACUGGCCACCUCAAAAUUGUAGGAAAGAUAACACUUUGCUGAGUAACUGUAAGAGUGCUGGAGACUAGGAAGGAGGAGGAUCAUCAUAUUUUUUAACAAUUUCUUGAAGAGAGAGCAAUGGAUGUAGGCCGAGAGAACCUAAAGGAAGUACAGAUUGAGGAUUCUUGGAUUCCAAAAACUCCUUUCAAGCCUAUUCUACCAAAACCACAUGUGAUCUACACAAACAGGCAAGGAAACCAGCUUUACCAAGCAAACGGAUCAGGAUCAAAGCCAUUUUCAACUGGUUUAUCUCAAGAAACUAGAGAUGGGAUGUCGAGUGCAUGUUCAAAUUCUGCUGUGGAUGGCAACUUGAAGGCAGUCUUAGGAGCUCAAAAGGGCAUUGCUGGUGACACUGUUGAAACGUGCGGAGGACUUCCCAUCAACGGCACAGCCAGAUGGAACUUCACAUCUCUUUUGGCUUUUCAAGAUCAGACCUCAGCAGCCACCACUGUUGCAGCAUCCUACAAGAUUGAAGAUUUCCCGCUUGGAUCAAAUCAUUCUAGUAUCAACGAUGCUCAGGCCACACCUCAUGAACAUGCUUACGACCUUAACUUGCCUCCUGGGGGAGCAGCAGAUGGCAAGACCACCUCCCAGUUCCAGAUCAUUCCCUUAACACCAGAGAAGGAUGCAACAACAGGAUGCAGACAAGUCACUCAAAUGCAACAUGUAUACACUUAUCAAAAGGAGAAUCAGGAAAGAAAUGAGGAGAAUGGAAAUGCUACACUUGACAACAACAGGUUCCAAACUGACACAGAACUUCACGAGCUCACAAACAACAACACAUCUGCUCCUAUUUGCACACUAAUAGAGGAAAAUCACAAUCCCGGCAAUGCAGGCAGCCAUGCUAUUAGCCUUAACGAGACACCACAGCAGAAGCCUAAAAGGAAAAGGCACAGGCCAAAAGUAAUCACAGAAGGCAAACCUAGGACUAAACCAGUAACUGCAAAGCCUUCUACUUCCACAGUGAGCCCAACAGGCAAGAGGAAGUAUGUGCGAAAGAAACCGCUUAACAAAGCCCCAACAACUACCCCAGCAGAAUCUAAAGAUAACCCAACAGGUAAGAGGCGGUAUGUGCGGAAGAAACCUCUCAACAAAGCCUCAACAACUACCCCAUUAGAAGUAACUGGAGGGUCCAUUGAUCCAAAAGCACUUGAGCCUGCCAACAAGUCAUGCAGAAGGUCCUUAAAUUUUGACAUUGAAGGGAAACCAGGAGAAGAACAUUCUAAACCACAAGAACAAGAUGUUAGCAGAGGAAAUCAAUCAAAAUCAACUGUCAGUAUUGGGCAAGGAAUUGAAGUUUUGGUAGAAGCCACUCAAGCAGGCAUUCCAUAUGAUCUUGCUGAUUCUGUGAACCAAAUGCUUAAAGAUUAUAUGUUAUUUGCUGAAAAGCAAGCACCAAGUACACCACUUCCUAAACAGACUUAUAACCCAAGGAGAAAAGGGAAUGACAAUUUCCAAGACAGCCAUGCCAAAGUAGAAGUCCAAGUGACUAUUCACACUGUACAGCAGAACACCACACAGAUCAUAUUGCCAGCAGACACUCAACUGCCAUCAGUAAACCCAGACAACUCCAACAGCAGCCCCUGCACAAUCUUGACAGACAAAGGAAAAGCAAAUGGAUCAAAAAGGAAGCAUCUCAGUUUUGUUCAACAGCCAGACUCUUGCAACACAAAUCUAACUGGUAUUCGCUACAAUUCUUUACCUGCAUACCAGAUAAUGUUUCCAAGCAUUUUCAAGAAAAAGAGGACUGAAAAAGGGCAAUGUUCAACUACAUCCAGCACAUCUUGUGUGACUGCUGCAGAAGACAUGGGGAGACAAGAAGAGACGUGUCCACAAAAGGAUGCCAGUGCAGAUCCUUCUACAUCAACAUCCAAUUGUAUGAUUUCUGCUUCACAUUCUAGUUCUAAUGGAAUUCCAGGUGCACAUGGAGAAACAGGAGGCCUUCAGUGUGAACUGCAAACUUCUGGCCCUCUUAUAAGUCAAAGAGAGAGGUCAACAAGAAAGAGAUCCAAAGGUCCUAAUCAAAUUCAAGGUCUGGCUUCAGUAGCCAAAGUAGCAACUGAUGUGUUGCAUUGCGAUUGCAAGACACAAGUAAUGGCAGAUAAAAAUGAGCAUCAAGUUGAGGACUCGAAUAGACCUCAAACAUGUAUAGAAGCUCUAGUUGCAGAGAUGCGGGGAACAUUAAAGACAAAGAAGAGAACUAAAAAGAGGUUCUUUCUUGUUAAUUCCACAUCCUCCAGUGCAAAUGGGGAGCAAUCCCAUGGAAGAAUCAUCUUAUACAAUCAGCACCAAUUCUUAGCCAAGUCAUUAGGUGCUCCUCAAGAAGUAAUAUGGAGACAGAUGUCUCCUGUUGAUGCAAUAGUUGAGCAAUUACAGCAUCUAGACAUUAAUAGGGAAAGUGAUGGCAUUGCAUAUAGCAAUCACAGUGCCCUUGUUCCUUACAAGAUUAAGGAUCAACCGAAUGCAUUAGUCCUUUAUAGACGAGAUGGCAGUAUCAUACCCUCCACUGAUGCAUUUGAGCCCAUCAAGAAAAGACGUCCUCGUCCUAAAGUUUACCUAGAUGAAGAAACUAACAGAGUGUGGAAACUUUUGUUGGGAAACAUCAAUAGUGAAGGCAUUGAUGGAACCGAUGAAGAGAAGGCAAAGUGGUGGGAGGAAGAACGAGAAGUGUUCCGCGGACGUACAGACUCAUUUAUAGCACGGAUGCAUCUUGUACAAGGGGAUAGGCGCUUCUCUCAAUGGAAGGGAUCAGUUGUGGACUCGGUGAUUGGAGUAUUUCUUACUCAAAAUGUCUCUGACCAUCUUUCCAGUUCUGCAUUUAUGGCACUUGCUGCACGUUUUCCCUUGAAAUCAAGAAGUAAUACCAAUCCAUUCUAUGAAGAAGGGACAAGUUCAGCGAUUGAGAAGCCAAUAGUAUGCAUGCCAGAUCUAGAAGAAGCCAUAAAAUGGAAUGAAAUGUCAAAUCACUCAAUUUGUGACCAAAGCUCCAUGACCCUCCAUGACUCUGAGCUAGAUGAAGAACAAGAGGUGGUCAAUAGCAAUGAGUCUUCUACAAGCAGUAACGUUAUCAUUAGCUCCACAAGUUGCAUAGAGACAUACUACCAAUCAAAGGCAAAAACAUCGACCACAGAGACCACCAAUACAGCAUAUAAUGGUAAUAUAGAAGAAAAGAAAAGUGCAACAGAUGAUGCAUUUUCAUCUCAAAAUUCUGUGAUCUUGUCUCAGAACUCUGUGGAUUCACCAAGUGCUCAAAUUGCUGAAAGAAGAGAAUCUUUCCCCCGGAACAACUUAGAAGUAGAAGACUUAAUUGAUAGAUCUAAAUUCGUUAGUUGGAAGAGCUCUAGUUCUUUUAUGGAGCUUUUAAUAAAGGCUGGAUCUAACAAGCUACAUGAAGAAGUUAGUGAAGGCAAUGGCACCAUUUUGUCUAAUCAGAACCCAAAAGAUGAGCAUGAGAAUACCCAAAAUGCAGGAAAUGACUUCCAUACGCCAAAGAUAUACAAUGUAGAUAGUCCCAAAAGCUCCUUAGAAGCAUCUGUGGCCCCAUCCACCAACUGUCAUUUGCAUCACAUCCCGAACUUAGGAGGUGUGGGAGUUGAGUUUUACAAGAUGAUUGCUGAGGAAAGAAGAGUUUAUGAAGUAUCCAAUAACAGCCGCAGAAACAGUAUGAAAGAACCCAGUUCUUUUAUAUCAGAAUCUGGCAGUCAAACUACAGAUGACAAUAAUCUGACUGUUGCUCCUCAAGAAGCAUCAAGAUCUCCAACUCCAAAUAAUCCACCAUAUGGCAUUCAAGAAGGCCAGCAUAUAACCACCCUAAGUCAAAGCAAGCCCAUUGCAGACCUGAACAUUGUCAGCAAUUCACUAGAUCAGACACAAAACAACGAAAUGCAGAAAGAACCGUGCAUGCGAAAUCCAGGAGUAACCUUAGAUAUUGUGGAAAGUAGCAGUGCACUUAAUGAGCAAGAAAAUAAUUCACAAAGAACUGAAUCAGACUUGAUUGAGCAUGGCUUUUCAGAAAUCAAGGAGAUUAAUGAUAUGAAUGCUGCUAACAGAAAAGCAAAGAGCAGAAGAGUUGGCAAGGAGAUAAGAGAAAAUGUUGACUGGGAUGCUUUGAGAAAACAGGCAGAAGCAAAGGGGAAGAGACAAAGAACGCCAAACACAAUGGACUCAUUGGACUGGGAAGCUCUGAGAUGUGCAGAUGUUAAUGAUAUUGCCGAAACAAUCAAAGAUCGUGGAAUGAACAAUGUGCUUGCAGAACGUAUAAAGAAUUUUCUUAAUCGACUGGUUAGAGACCACGGAAGCAUUGAUCUGGAAUGGUUGAGAGAUAUUCCACCGGACAAAGCAAAGGAGUAUCUGCUAAGCGUAAGGGGACUGGGACUGAAAAGUGUGGAGUGCGUCCGGCUUUUGACACUUCAACAUCUUGCAUUUCCAGUUGACACAAAUGUUGGACGCAUCGCAGUACGAUUGGGCUGGGUCCCACUUCAGCCCUUGCCUGAAUCACUUCAAUUGCAUCUUCUAGAGUUGUACCCAGUGCUGGAAUCAAUUCAAAAAUAUAUUUGGCCCCGAUUGUGCAAACUCGACCAAAGAACUCUGUAUGAACUACAUUACCAGAUGAUUACUUUUGGAAAGGUAUUCUGUACCAAAAGCAAACCCAAUUGCAACGCCUGUCCAAUGCGAGGAGAAUGCAGACAUUUCGCAAGUGCAUUUGCAAGUGCAAGACUUGCGCUGCCCGGGCCAGAUGAGAAAAGUAUAGUUAGCUCAGCUAAAAACAGCACAAAUGAGCAAAACCCUGCUGUUAUGGUUGAACAAGUGCCGCUAUUACUACCCCAAGCAACUGAACAAUCAGAAGGAAAUCAGCUGCUAGAAUCCAACCUGCAAUUAGAAGCAAGAUAUGGAGUCAGCAAUUGUGAACCCAUUGUCGAAGAACCAUCAUCACCAGAACCAGAAUGCCCACAAGUAACCGAAAAUGAUAUGGAGGAUGCCUUAUGUGAGGAUCCUGAUGAAAUUCCUACAAUCAAGCUUAAUAUUGAAGAGUUCACUCAAAAUUUGCAGAAUUAUAUGCAAGAAAACAUGGAACUUCAAGAAGGAGACAUGUCAAAAGCCUUGGUUGCUUUGACGGCAGAAGCUGCCUCAAUUCCCACACCCAAGCUUAAGAAUGUGAGUCAGCUGCGAACAGAGCACCACGUAUAUGAACUUCCAGAUUCCCAUCCUCUUCUGCAAGGGUUGGAAAGACGAGAACCAGAUGAUCCAUGCUCGUACCUUCUUGCCAUAUGGACACCAGGUGAAAUGGCAAAUUCUGUUCAGCCACCUGAAAGUAGAUGCAACUCGCAAGAAUAUGGAAAACUGUGUGAUGAGAAGACGUGUUUCUCUUGCAACAGUAUACGGGAAGCAAAUUCACAAAUUGUUCGGGGAACACUUCUGAUACCAUGUCGAACAGCAAUGAGAGGAAGCUUUCCCCUCAAUGGCACAUAUUUUCAAGUUAAUGAGGUAUUUGCUGAUCACGAUUCUAGCUUGAACCCAAUUGAUGUUCCUAGAACUUGGAUAUGGAAUCUACCAAGACGGACAGUGUAUUUUGGGACAUCAAUACCAACAAUAUUUAAAGGUAUGACAACAGAAGCUAUUCAACACUGUUUUUGGAGAGGAUAUGUUUGUGUGAGAGGAUUCGACCAGAAGACACGGGCACCUCGUCCUUUGAUGGCCAGGCUGCAUUUUCCGGCCAGCAAGUUAAACAAGACAAGGGGCAGGGGUUCAGAUGACUAGCAUUCGAUGCCUCAAAAUACCAACAAUACUUCUGGAACGAACAGAUGACUAGAUGAUAGUUUUUCAGGCAACAAUCAAUAGCAUCACAUUCGUGUAACUUUUAAAAAGGAGAAAAUCUAGUUGAGCUGUAUGAUCCCAUAACAUAUGAGGAUGUAGCGUGUACAUGUUUAACAAGACUAAUUUGCUUAAUGUUAUGCUCGUAUUUGAGCCAUUCUUCUGAAACAAA